AUGUCCGAAUACUGGAAAUCCACGCCGAAAUACUGGUGCAAGCACUGCAGCGUCUUUGUCCGCGACACGAAGCUCGAGCGCCAGAACCACGAGGCGACGGGCCGCCACCAGGGCGCGCUGAAGCGGUCGCUGCGUGACAUCCACCGCGGCCACGAGCGCGAGGAGCGCGACAGGGAGCGCGCGCGGCGCGAGGUCGACAGGCUCCACGGCGUCGUCGGCGGCGGCGCGGCGUCGUCCUCGGCGUCAGCGGCCGCGUCGUCCUCGGCGUCGGCCUCCUCGGGCCAGGCGACGGCGGCGCAGCUGGCGAGGCAGAGGGAGCAGCUGGCGGAGAUGGGCAUCUCCGUGCCGACCGAGGUCCGAGGCGACAUGGCCAUGCCGGGCGCGUGGACGGUGACGAAUACGCGCGUCGUGUCUGCUUCGCCGCGGGCGGGCGAGGCGGCGGCCCAGGUGGAGGCCAAGGCCGUGGGCGUGCGGAAGCGAGAGGUCACGGACGAGCAGAGGGAGGCGGAGGAGGAGGCGGCGGCGGUGCGGGGGUUGUUCAAGAAGCAGCGGACGUGGGGCGGGACGAGGGCCAUGCCGCAGGACGACGCCGAGCUCGACGCGCUGUUGCGUGGGGGGAUGCCGCAUGCGCCGCCGAAGAAGGAGGAGUCUGUCGAGGGAGAGGGCAAGACGGAAGAGAGCGCGCCGCACGACAUGAAGAGCGCGGGGCCGCCCGUCAAGGCGGAGCCCGCGGACGAGGGAGAGGGCGGUAUUGAUCCGCCGAGAGACUCUGCGCCGGCGAUACCAGACGUGGGCGUCAAGACGGAGGAGGGUGCCGGGGACGGGCCUGCGCCGGUUGUGUUUAAGAAGCGGAAGCCGAAGAACAUUCGUCAAAAGUAG